CAAAAAGUUCCAAAUUUGUCACAUAACCAAAGCAACGAAACAAAUUAUUCAGUAAAAAACGGAAAAAAUGUUCAUUAUCAGGUCAAUCAAAAUUCCCAUUAAUUUUAGAUCGUUUCGUACUACACGAAACCUCAAUUACUCCACCUGUGCCAAAAAAAAAGCGUGCGUCCUCCAACUCAACAACGGCACCCAAAUCCCCGUCUUGGGUUUGGGAACCUACCUGUCGCCCCCAGAUCAAGUCCUACAGGCCGUCAAGGACGCCAUCUCCGUCGGCUACCGCCACAUCGACUGCGCCUGGUUCUACGGAAACGAAGCCAAAGUGGGUGCGGGCCUCCACGCCAAAAUCGCCGACGGAACGAUAAAAAGAACUAACGUUUUCGUAACCAGCAAACUAUGGAACAACCACCACGCGAAAGACAAAGUCGUGCCUAUGCUGAAAGAAUCCCUGAGCAAGCUAAGACUCGACUUCGUGGAUUUGUAUCUGAUUCACUGGCCGAUGGGGUUCAAGGAGACGGCUGAGCCGUUGCCUGCUAACUCUUCAGGGUACAGCGACGUGGACUACUUGGAAACGUGGGAGGGCAUGGAGGAGUGCGUUCACUUGGGGUUGACCAAAGGCAUCGGUUUGUCGAACUUCAACAGCGAGCAAGUCGAGCGCGUGCUGGACAAUUGUAAAGUUAAACCAGUGGUUAACCAGGUGGAGGUUAACCCAAACAUGAACCCGAAAAAAUUAAUCAAGUUUUGUAAGGAGCGCGAUAUCGUAGUUGUGGGGUAUAGCCCCUUGGGGGGCACUGACUCCACGGGUCGCCCUGGAGUACCUUUGCCCACAAUUCGCGAUCCUAAAGUCAUCCAAAUGGGGAAAAAACACGACAAAUCGGCUGUACAAGUCGUGCUUAACUAUUUAGUGUCUUUGGGGAUUGUUGUGAUACCAAAAUCUGUAACGAAGUCGCGGAUUGAAGAAAAUUUCGACAUUUUCGACUUUAGUUUGGAUAUCAGUGAAGUGGCUUAUUUGGACUCGUGCAACAAGAAACAAAGAUGCGUUCCCCUAAAGGAAUACAAAGACCAUCCAUAUUUCCCUUUUAACAUUGAGUUUUAAAUAAAACACAAACUUAUUAUCCA